AAAAGACACCUGGAGGGCCUUCAAGUUCCACUGACAAGUCGAUCCGUCCUACCAAGCCUGGAUCCUCCACUUGGGAUGGUUCGUUCACUUAUGAGAUGCCUCAGCAGCCUAAACAACCGGUUGAUAAGCCUCAACAUCCGAAGGAGAUCACCAAACGUCCAGACCAACAGCCAGUGCCAAUUAUAGAUCGUAGAACAGAAAACACAGAUGUUUCAACCACUGAAUUCAUCAAUGUAGAAUCAACAACAACAGUUGAUUCAAAGGUCUUCGACUCCUCUGACUACUCAACAACAGUUUUGCAUGAUGUGAGGAACACCAGACGCCCUCAGAGCCCUGAAAAAAUAACUGGAAGACCAUCGAGUCCUGAGAAGAGAUCUCCAAGUCCAGGAGACAGAGCAUCUCGUCCUACGAAGCCUGGAUCUUCAACUUGGGACGGUUCUUUCACUUAUGAGAAACCUCAACAGCCGAAAAAACCUGGAGAUACUCUCAAAGAUGUUCUUCAACAUCCUAAAAAUAUCAAACGUCCAGAGUCAAUUACUGAUCGAAGAACAGACAAAAUUGAUGUUUCAACCACUAAAUUCAUCAACGUUGAAUCAACAUCCACAAUUGACUCGAAGAUGAUUGACUCUUCAGACGUUUCAACAACAGUUCUCCACGAUGUGAGGGACACCAGACGCCCUCAGAGCCCUGAAAAAAUAACUGGAAAACCAUCGAGCCCUGAGAAGAGAUCUCCAAGUCCAGGAGACAGAGCAUCUCGUCCUACGAAGCCUGGAUCUUCAACUUGGGACGGUUCCUUCACUUAUGAGAAGCCUCAACAGCCGAAAAAACCUGCAGACACUCUCAAAGAUGUUCUUCAGCAUCCUAAAGGUGUCAAACGUACAGACCAACGUCCAGAGCCAAUUACUGAUCGUAGAACAGACAAAAUUGAUGUUUCAACCACUAAAUUCAUCAACGUUGAAUCAACAUCCACAAUUGACUCGAAGACGAUUGACUCUUCAGACGUUUCAACAACAGUUUUCCACGAUGUGAGGGAUACCAGACGUCCCCAGAGCCCUGAAAAAAUAACUGGACGACCACCGAGCCCUGAAAAGAGAUCUCCAAGUCCAGGAGACAGAGCCUCUCGUCCUACGAAGCCUGGAUCUUCAACCUGGGACGGUUCCUUCACUUACGAGAAACCUAAAGAGCCUAAAUCACCAAGAGAUCUUGCAAGACCAGAGGAUCAGCGUCCAGUGUCUAUUAAAGAUCUGAAGACUGGGAAAUCCGAUAUUUCCACGACAACAUCGCAAUUCAUCACCGUCGAAGCGUCUUCAGCAGUUGAUUCCGAGACAAUUGACUCCUCAAAUGUCUCCACAACGAUUUCCCCUGAGAGGAAACCUGAGGGUCCUGGGAAGACACCUCGAGGCCCCAGAGACAGGCCUCAGAGCCCGGAAAAAGGUGUAGUCAAACCAACGAGUCCCGAGAAAACCCCUUCGAUCCCAACAGAUCGUUCCACCCGUCCGACAAAGCCAGGCUCAUCAACCUGGGACGGUUCGUUCACUUACGAGAAACCUAAAGAGCCCAGGAAACCCGCAGAAAAAACUAAACCUGGGGACAAAAAACCCUCAGACAGGGAUAAGCCCAGGAAACCUGAUAGGGAGCAACAACCGGUACCAUCUGACUCCACAGUCAGGAGUUUUGUUUCUAAAAAUGAUGUGGAUACAACGUUUGUCACUGAAGUUGUUCAGCAGUCGUUUGUCAUUGAGAAGUCCUCGAGUAGGACCGAUGUUAUCAAGGAGAAUUACGUCACAGAGAUCAAGGAUGUGAGGGAUGUGAGAGAUGUCAUCGAGACGUCGACACAAGACGUUAUCAAUCAGGAACAGGUGACUAGCAUGGUAUCACAUAAUGUUAUCGACAAUACUCACUUCGAGAGGAUCGACGGUCCAAAGGGCCCAGAUGAUUCCCCUAAGCAAAUCACACCCGAUCGCCCUGGCUACCCCCGAGGCAUCCCAGGUCUUCGGGAAGAGGACAAACCAAAACCAUUGCCUGCAGCAGGCAAACCGAGUCGUCCUCGUCAACCCGAAGAUACACGAAGGUCCCCAGACGGUAGACCAAGGUCACCGGAGAAGCCGGGGGAUCACGUGACACCAGGUAAACCGAAGAAGCCUGAUGAGAGGCCAAAAUCCCCAGGUAAACCUAGACCAGCAGCUGGGAAACCGAGUAGAAGUCCUGAUAAGGAUAAGGUACCUGAGAAAAAGCCUAAGCGACGGGAUCAGUCACCUGAUUCGCUUGACGGUGACACGCAACCGAGGACACCACUGCCCGUUGAUGUUCUCAAGGAAAUUCCACUGAAGGAACAGUGCAUCUGCGAACUGUGCACUUGUGGACGUCAUCGAUGUCCUCAUAAUGCACCGGAGGACCACCUGGACAUUCCUCACGAGCCCAUUGACGGGGUCACGUCUUACCGUCAAGAAUAUAACGAGAAACACGUGGAUCGCCAGGUGAAAUUCCACCAUGAGGAUCAUCUUCACAUUGAGGGUGACUUCACUGGGGAAAGAAGGACUGAUUAUGUAGUGACACGAGGGGAACGAGCACCGGUUAGGAAACCUCAGGAUAAUCUGAGACCUGAAGGCGAUUUUGACAGUGUGACAACAACGGAGCUUGUCUUCACCGGAAAACCUGGUGAUCGUCCAAGCCCGGUACGUCGCAAUACCUACACCAAGCCCGAGGGUGAUUUCACAGAUGAAACAACAACACGCACUGAGUUCAUCGAUCAUCGAACAGUCGAGCGUGCUGAAAUCAUCCGUAGAGUGGAUAAUCUCACUGUGGGAGAGGGUGAAUUUACGGGAACCUCUCACACAAAAGAGGACUUCCACACUUACGACGCAUUGGAAAUAGAUCGUCCCACUCAACGCUGCCCAUCUGUGGACAAAACCGAUCGUUUCUGGAGUCAGAUAGACGUCGUAAACACAACGACAAAUCACGAGGAAUACAGAGCCUUCGACGAGACAGAUUACAGAACAACUGUUAUUCUGAGGAGAGAGGAUAAUCUGCGACCUGAGGGGCCGUUCGAGGGUCGCCCCAAGGAUGAUUACACCCCUGGACGAGUAGACCGUCCACAGCCGAUUCGUCCCAUCGACAAUUUGAAGCCUGAAGGACCGUUCGAAGGGCGUCCUAAGGAUGACUUCACUCCUAAACGAGGGGACAGACCUGAAGUUAAGAAGCCGAAGGAUAAUUUGAAACCGGAGGGGCCCUUCGAGGGCCGCCCUAAGGAUGAUUUUACUCCUAAACGGGGGGAGAGACCUGAGGUGAAACGCCCUGAGGAUAAUUUGAAGCCCGAGGGGGACUUCACAGACCGAGAAAGAAAGCCUUUCAAACCUGCCGAGAAAAGAACUCCGAUUAAACAUCCAGAUAAUCUCAAGCCUGAAGGAGAUUUCGAGAGACCUGAACAUGAGAAGUUCCGUCCUGCUGAGAGACCAACUCCGAAGAAGCCACAGGACAAUUUGAAGCCUGAGGGAGAUUUCGAAAGACCUGUUAAGACGCCAAUUAAGCCUGGAGAGAGAAGAACUCCUAUUAGACAUCCAGAUAAUCUCAAACCUGAAGGUGAUUUUGAGAGACCUGAGGAAACUCCUUAUGGUCCUGGUGAAAGAGCUCCAAUCGUUCGUCAUCCAGAUAAUCUAUUCCCCGAGGGAGAUUUCCCAGAGAGGGAGCAGAAGCCCUUCAAACCAGCUGAAAGAAGAUCUCCGAUUAAACAUCCAGAUAAUCUCAAGCCUGAAGGUGAUUUUGAGCGGCCUGAACACGAGAGCUAUCGUCCAGCAGAAAGACCCGUUCAAAAGAAGCCUAAAGACAAUCUCAAACCUGAAGGAGACUUUGAAAGACCUGUGAAGAAGCCAGUGGGUCCUGGAGAACGCAGGUCUCCUAUUAAACACGCAGAUAAUCUCAAGCCUGAAGGUGAUUUCGAGAGACCUGAGGAAAUUCCUUAUGGUCCUGGUGAAAGAGCUCCAAUCGUUCGUCAUCCAGAUAAUUUAUUCCCCGAGGGAGAUUUCCCAGAGAGGGAGCAGAAGCCCUUCAAACCAGCUGAAAGAAGAUCUCCGAUUAAACAUCCAGAUAAUCUCAAGCCUGAAGGUGAUUUUGAGCGGCCUGAACACGAGAGCUAUCGUCCAGCAGAAAGACCCGUUCAAAAGAAGCCUAAAGACAAUCUCACACCUGAAGGAGACUUCGAAAGACCUGUUAAGACGCCAAAUAAGCCUGGAGAGAGAAGAACUCCUAUUAGACAUCCAGAUAAUCUCAAACCUGAAGGUGAAUUUGAGAGACCUGAAGGAAUUCCAUAUGGUCCUGGAGAAAGAGCUCCAAUCGUUCGUCAUCCAGAUAAUUUAUUCCCCGAAGGAGAUUUCCCAGAGAGGGAGCAAAAGCCCUUCAAACCAGCUGAAAGAAGAUCUCCGAUUAAACAUCCAGAUAAUCUCAAGCCUGAAGGUGAUUUCGAGAGACCUGAACAUGAUAAAUUCCGUCCUGCUGACCGCCCAAUCCAGAAGAGGCCACAAGACAAUCUGGUGUCUGAGGGUGACAUUGAAAUCUGGCGUUCUCGUGAUGAUUUCAUUGAUUAUAAAAUUCGUGAACGUGUGGAGGUCACCAAGUUCCUGGAUAACCUCCGGAUGGAGGGUGAAUUCACCGACAGCAGAACGAGGGACGAUUUCAAGGUUGUUCGAGGUGAACGAGUUGAUAUCGUUCGUCAUGCAGACAAUUUAAAACCGGAAGGGCCCUUCGAGGGUCGUCCGAAGGAUGAUUACACCCCUAAGAGGGCUGAGCGGCCGGAAAUCAAGAGGCCAGAGGAUAACUUGAAGCCUGAGGGUGAGUUUGAGAGACCUGAGAAGAAACCGAUGGGUCCAUCAGAGCGCCGGACUCCGAUAAAACAUGCAGACAACCUCAAACCCGAAGGAGACUUCGUGAAACGACCUAAGGAAGAGGCUCCGAAGAGGGGGGAUCGUGCUGAUGUCAAGAAACCCCAAGAUAAUCUCAAACCCGAAGGGGACUUUGAACGCCCGGUGCACACACCUGUUAAACCUGCUGAGAAGCGAACACCAAUUAGACAUCCGGAUAAUCUCAAACCUGAAGGCGACUUCGAGAGGCCUGAACAUGAACAAUACCGUCCUGCUGAGAGACCUACUCCGAAGAAACCGCAGGAUAAUUUGAAACCUGAAGGAGAUUUUGAGAGACCUAGUAAGACACCAGUUAAGCCUGCAGAGAGAAGAACUCCUAUUAGACAUCCAGACAAUCUCAAACCUGAAGGUGAUUUUGAGAGACCUCAGGAAAUUCCUUAUGGUCCCGGUGAAAGAGCUCCAAUCGUUCGUCAUCCAGAUAAUCUAUUCCCCGAGGGAGAUUUCCCAGACAGGGAGCAGAAGCCCUUCAAACCAGCUGAAAGAAGAUCUCCAAUUAAACAUCCAGAUAAUCUUAAACCUGAAGGUGAUUUUGAGAGGCCUGAACACGAGAGCUAUCGUCCAGCAGAGAGACCCAUUCAAAAGAAGCCUAAAGACAAUCUCAAACCUGAAGGAGACUUUGAAAGACCCGUGAAGAAGCCAGUGGGUCCUGGAGAACGCAGGUCUCCUAUUAAACAUGCAGAUAAUCUCAAGCCUGAAGGUGAUUUUGAGAGACCUGAACACGAGAGCUAUCGUCCAGCAGAGAGACCCAUUCAAAAGAAGCCUAAAGACAAUCUCAAACCUGAAGGGGAGUUCGAAAGACCCGUGAAGAAGCCAGUGGGUCCUGGAGAACGCAGGUCUCCCAUCAAACACGCGGAUAAUCUCAAACCUGAAGGAGACUUCGAGCGUCCUGAGCACGAGGGCUAUCGUCCAGCAGAGCGACCGAUUCAGAAGAAGCCACAAGACAACUUGGCACCUGAAGGUGACAUUGAAGUCUGGCGUUCGCGGGAUGAUUACGUAGAUUUCGUGGAGCGCGAGCGUGUCGAGGUCACCAGGUACCAAGACAAUCUCCGAAUGGAGGGUGAGUUCAUCGACAUGAGAACUCGGGAUGAUUACAAGGUCGUUCGGGGUGAGAGAGUCGACAUCAUUCGACACCCGGACAACUUGAAGCCAGAGGGUGAGUUUGAGAGGCCUGUGUGCAAGCCGGUGGGACCAGCGGAGCGCAGAACCCCGAUUAAACAUCCUGAUCAUCUGAAGCCUGAGGGCGAGUUCGUGAGGCGACCGAAGGAGGAGGCCCCGAAGAAGGGAGAUAGGGUUGAUAUCAAGAAGCCCCAGGACAAUCUGAAACCUGAAGGGGACUUUGAGAGACCUGAGAAGAAGCCGGUUGGCCCUGGAGAACGCAGAUCUCCUAUUAAACAUGCGGAUAAUCUGAAGCCUGAAGGUGACUUCGAACGUCCUGAGCAUGAGGGCUACCGCCCUGCAGAGAGACCCAUCCAGAAGAAGCCUAAAGAUAAUCUUAAACCUGAAGGGGACUUUGAGAGACCUGAGAAGAAGCCGGUUGGCCCUGGAGAACGCAGAUCUCCUAUUAAACAUGCGGAUAAUCUGAAGCCUGAAGGUGACUUCGAACGUCCUGAGCAUGAGGGCUACCGCCCUGCAGAGAGACCCAUCCAGAAGAAGCCUAAAGACAAUCUUAAACCUGAAGGGGACUUUGACAGACCUGUUAAAACGCCGGUCAAACCUGGUGAGCGACGAAGUCCAAUAAAGCACGAAGACAAUCUUCAUCCUGAGGGUGACUUCGUGGGUCGUCCAAAGGAUGACUUCUCACCGAAACGAGCGGAGCGUCCAGUGCAGAAGAAACCCAAGGACAACUUGAAGCCUGAAGGUCCCUUCGAGGGUCGCCCCAGGGACGACUUCAAACCAACGAGAGGAGAGCGCUCUGAGAUUGUUGUUCACAAAGACAACUUGAAGAUGGAGGGUGAAAUCGACAUCCACAGGUCCCGGGACGAUUACACAACGACGAGGAGAAUUGAACGUGUCGACGUCGUCAGAAGAGAAGAUAACUUGAAGAUCGAAGGCGAGUUCACUGACAUCCACCGCAGAGACGAUUACCACGUGACUCGGGGCGAACGUACAGAGAUAGUUCGUCACGAGGACAACCUGAGACCGGAGGGUGACUUCGAGAGACCAACGAAAUCCCCGACUGGGCCAGCAGAGAGAAGACAGCCCAUUAGACACCCAGACAAUCUCAAACCCGAGGGUGACUUCGAGCGUCCUGAGCAUGAGGGCUAUCGUCCUGCAGAGAGGCCCAUCCAGAAGAAGCCCAAAGACAAUCUCAAGCCUGAAGGAGACUUCGACCGUCCCACCUGCAAGCCAAUCGGUCCUGGCGAGCGCAGAUCCCCGAUAAAGCACCCUGACAACCUGAAAACCGAAGGAGACUUCGCCAGAAGACCGAAACCCGAGGCUCCAAGACGCGGAGAUCGUGCGGACGUGAAGAAACCGAAGGACAAUCUCAAACCCGAAGGUGACUUCGAGCGUCCCACUCCCGACAGGUACGGCCCAGGCGAGCGAAGAACCCCAAUACGUCACCCCGACAACCUGAAGCCUGAGGGUGACUUCCAAACCCCUCAGAAGCCCGGGUAUCAGCCUGCAGAGCGCGCCUCCCCGAAGAGGCCGAAGGAUAAUCUCAAGCCAGAGGGCGACUUCGAGAAGCGAAGUCCGACGAAAGUGGGUCCAGCCGAACGCAGGACUCCAAUUCGACACGAGGACAAUCUCCACCCAGAAGGGGACUAUGACUUCACCCCACGCGAUGACUACACACCCAAACGAGGGGAUCGAGCUCCCGUUAAGAAGCCCCAGGACAACCUCAGACCUGAAGGAGAGAUGCAAGUCAGCCCAACGAGUCGAGAGGACUACGUUCGUGUGACGAAUGGAGAUCGAGUGGAUAUUAAGAGACACGAGGACAAUCUCCACAUGGAGGGGGAGAUGAAUAUUCAUCGGUCGAGGGACGAUUACAAGAAGAUUACGAGGGUCGAGAGGACGGACAUCAGGAGACACGAGGAUAAUCUGAGGAUUGAGGGGGAGUUUGUGGAUCAUCGUCGGAGGGAUGACUACACUAAGGUGUCGCAGGCCGGUCCUGGGGAGAGACGAUCGCCGAUCAAGCCCGAUGACAAUCUGAAGCCAGAGGGUGACUUCGUCGCCCACCCCAGGGACGACUAUCUCCCCAAGCGAUCUGAGAGAACUGAAGUCGUCAGAAGAGAGGACAACCUCAAGAUGACUGGUGACUUUCAUGGGACGACCUCCCAGAAGUCCACUUACAAGGUCGUCAGGGGCGAGAGGGCGGAGAUUAAGAGGCACGAGGACAACCUCAGGGUCAACUCCGGAAGUAUGGAGUGUAGGACCACCAGCUCCGACUCGUUCUCCCCCACGAAGAAGGAUGUGAGUCCUGCGGGGCCUGUCAACAGGCGCAGGCACAUGGAGUCCACGAUCUCACUUGGGGACGACAGCAGCACCAUGAUGACCACCAAUCAGAAGAAUUACAACACUUACACGAAGAGAACUGGGAAGGACGUGGCUGCCAGGGUCUCCCAGACUCGUGACAUCGAGAAUAGGAAAAACGUCGAGUCUGAUAUCAAGACUUUGGAUGACGGAAGUGUCGUGAUGACGACGAGGAUGACGUCUGCCACUGGUCAAAGGGUGUCGUCGUCGUCGCAAUCUGCUCAUCACAGCGGUCAGUCUCAAGUCACUGAGGCUGAGAGGAGAUCAGUCUCUCCGAGGAGGUCAAUUCCAUCGAUUCCCGAGCACCAGGUGGUCCGCGACGAUGUGAGACACUCGGAGAGACAUCUCUCCUCUCAGGAAAUCCAGACCCAGAGGGCUGAGAAGUCUCAGCAGUCGUCUUCCAGGCGGGACUACGUCAACACUCAGCAUUCAGAGGCCCACGUGAAUAGUAGACACUUGUCCCAACAGCACACGAAGUCGAGUCAGGCGAAGUACAGCUCCAAUGGGCAAACAAGCUCGGAAUUCCGACAGGCAUUGGCUGGGGCUCAGUCCACAGAGCGUGUGAUCAUCGACUCUGGGAAGUCCACGCACCACAGAAAGAACAUCAUCUCUUCGUCGUCCACUGAUGUCAGCAACUCGGUUCUCCAUAGAAAGGGAGUCGUGUCGUCGACUGAAGCUCUUCACACGAGCUCGUCCACAGCUGCUGAUCAGAAGAAGAGCAUUUCCAAUCUUGCUGAGUCUGGACAGUACAUCAGCAACUCGUCGCAGAGCUCGGACAGAAAGAGCUUGACUUCUCUUCACCGAAGCUCGAAGGAUGGCAAUCCCUACGCAUCUUCGAGUUACGAACGCCCUCAGAGGAUCGUGAGGAAGGAUAAUUUAACUGUUGGAGGGAAAUUCUACUCUAAUAGCGAGGCCAAGUCGACUUAUGGGAAUUUCUCGGGGCAGAGGGUCGAGAGGGUGCACAGGUCCACGAACGAGUCGCACAUCAGCCUUGGGGAAGCCUCGCACGUGAAUUCCAGCAUGUAUAAGAGGGAGUUUGUGCCCAGGGUCAAGGGACCCUGUCCUGCUGCUCUACUGGAGACUAAAAAGGCGCCUUUCAAGCACACUAGGGACACCCCCAAACAUAAGUUUUAUAUGCCACUCGUUUCUAAUUAGAGGGCUGUUUAUUUUUCCAUUACUUCAGCUACAAAAUCAUCUCCUGGAAAUGAACACAUUCGAAGUUGAUUUAUUAGGGUUCAACUCUUCGUUAUUUUUUCCAAUUUUUUCCUGUAAUUUACAAGAUUUUUGAAGAUAAAAUUGCGUCAGUUUCGUCUCGCUGAAUUUGUCUCUAAAAGAAAAGAGUCCAUCAGGAAUGUGACGUAAAAUUUGAUUCUAUAUUUUUUGAUUUUUUGAGACUGGUCUCAACUACGUGGUAGCCAAGAACGUAUGAUUACGUUUUUUCUCUUUUAUAUUGAUGCCAUAAUUUCUUUUAUACUUGCGAAAUGAAAAUGUUAGAAUGCUGAGGGUUAAUGUGCAAUUCAUUGCAGUUUUCGAUGCUUAAAUUUGAUGAUAAAAGGGUGAUAGGUUGAGCUUUGCUUGAUAGGAUUUUUAUCAAGGGGUUCUGCCAGAAUUUACGGUUUAUAUCGUUGCUUUUAUGAUUAUUGUUAUCAUAGGAAUAUCCUUUAUUAUGAGUUCUGAGACAGUCGAUCGACACUAACAAGUUAUAUGAUUUUUUAUUAUAAUUAUUAUUUUUCAUUAUCUUUUCUUUUCUAAUUGCAAUAAUCAUUUUAUUCAGCUUGCGAUUUUUUUUCGAUUUUGUCAACAUGACAUAUUUAUUUUUCGUUAAUCCAAUCGUUUAUUUUUUCUUUCUCAAAAUAUUUAAGAGCUUAUGGUUAUUCCCAUUUAUACCUAUCAUCAUUUUUCUUUGAAUAAAGUUUUUUUUGUCGACGA